UUUCGCACGGGAGAAAAUGGCGCCCCGGAGACGAAGUGUCGUUUGGAAAUUUUUCAAAGUCGUCAACGAGAAGGAACUACAGUGUCUCCUCUGCAAGGUGUCCGUCUACCACUACGGACACACCACAAACCUGCUGAGGCAUCUGCGCGCCAAGCACCCCGCCGAGUUCAACAGCAUGGAGGACGGCCAGAACCAGCAGCCCGGCCAGAACCCAAACGAUGAACGACAACAACACAUUGUGACCAACGGGGACCAGUACUGCUCCGUGGAGGUAGCCAUGGAGGAUGAUUCCGGGGCCAUCGCGGCGGUGAACGAGGCUGAAAUCACCUACGCCAUUAACGGCCUCUUGAGCCCCGUGGAGGAAGACGAGGUGAAGCAAAGUCCGCAGGAGGCCCGAGAUGACGUCGCUCCGUCGACGCGUGCGCGGAGCUCCAUCUGGAUGCACUACGAGCGUCUGGACGACCAGAAGUGUGCCUUGUGCUUGAUUUGCAUGAAGAAGAUCCACCACCACAGCAGCACCAGCAACCUGCACCGCCACCUGUCCAAGAAACACCCGCAGGCUUUCGCUCAGCUCGGGGGCAUCAUCAAAAAACUGCCAUCCAACACGAUACAGCAUUCCCCCGAAAAAGACGACUUGUCUAAAUCACCAAAGACCUCAAUGGCUAAAAAGGAAUCCUCAGACACGUCUGAGCUCACGUGGGUUGCGGAUGCGGAGCUGCGCGUGCUGGAGAGGGAGCGGGAGCUGAUCGAGGCUCUGAGGAGCGCUCAGAGGCAGGAGGCCCUGGCCCUGGAGCAGCAGAGGGAGCUGGUGGAGAUGCUGCGCAAGGCAAACGCCCGGGAGGCGGCCUCCGAGCGGGAGCGGAUCGAGUGUCUGAGGAGGUCCCAGCAGGACGAGUCCCAGGCGCUGGGCCGACAGCGGAGGGAGCUGGAGAAGGAGAGGGCCGAGCUGCAGGCCAAAUGGGCUCAGCUGCACAGGGAGCAGGAGGAACUUGAGUGUUUGCGCAGCGCGCAGGAGGCAGAUGGACUCUGAACGCACCCGGGACACGAGACGUGAGCCGGCUGCUGCGUCCCGCCCCAACAGGACUCUGGACGGUAUAUGAACUCUGUCAUUAUGGGUGUUACGGUUUUUGGUUUUGUUUUGUUUUUUCAAAUGCAUGGGAAUCUCCUUGACAGUUAUGAAGUGAAACUGUUAUCGAAAAUGUUUUGUUAAAAAAACAACCACAACAAAAGGAUCCUCUCCAGAGGAGUAGGUUAUAAUGCCUCGUAGCGAAAGCGUGUACAUGUGUCCUGGCUGUAUCGUGUGUUGGUAGAUAAGGGGAUAUUAAAUGACGCCCUCUUGUACAAAGAAAACAGAACACGGCUGUCUCUAGUUUUUACCGUACAGGGUGCAGGACAGCUCAGCGUUUCACUUUUCUGAACCUGAGAAACCGACUCAAAAAGCCAGAAACCAUAGCGGUCUACUCCGAUGCCUACCAACACGGGGGAUCGCUGGUUCGAAUCCCCGCGUUGCCGCUGGCUUGGUCGGGUUUCCCUACAGACACAAUUGGCCGUGUCUGCGGGUGGGAAGCCGGAUGUGGGUUAUGUGUCCUGGUUGCCGGGCUAGCGCCUCCUCUGGUCGGUCGGGGUGCCUGUUCGGGGGGGGGGGGAGCUGGAGGGAAUAGCGUGAUCCUCCCACGGUCCCCUUGUGAAACUCCUCACUGUCAGGUGAAGAGCAGUGGUUGGUGACUCCACGUGUAUGGGAGGAGGCGUGUGGUAGUCUGCAGCCCUCCCCGGAUCGGCAGAGGGGGUGGAGCAGCGACGGGGACGGCUCGGAAGAGUGGGGUAACUGGCCAAGUACAAUGGGGGAGAAAUUAAACAAAAAAAAGCCAGAAAUCAGAAAAAUUAUAGUGGCAUUCUCAGAAUAGACUUUCAGUGAUUUCAGAGGGGUGGUAUUUUACUAUGUUCUCCCCGUGUCUGCGUGGGUU